CAUACACUAUCAAGUUCCACGUACCAGUGAAAACUAUGUACAUCGUUCUGGGCGUACAGCGCGUGCUAAUAAAAAUGGCAUCACCGUCAUGUUCAUGGAACCGGGCGAAGUGAAAAACUACGUGAAGCUAUAUAAGACAUUGGAUAGAAGUGAAGAUCUUCCAUUAUUUCCUGUAGCUGAUCGCUACAUGAAUGCAGUUAAGGAACGAGUAAAUGUGGCACGUGAAGUUGAUAAGGAAGAGCUUAAGCUAAAACGGACUCAAACGGAAAUUGGUUGGAUGAAGAAACAUGCUGAAGAAAUGGAUAUGAUUAUUGAUGGCUAUAAUGAUGAUUCUGGCAGUGAUCAAGACGAAGACCCUUUCAUACUGGAACGUCGCAAAAAUCGUUUGCAUUUAGAAAAUGUUCGUGCAAAAUUGAAAACUCUGCUUUCCCAACAAAUAUUUCCGAAAGGGUUCAGUUUUAAAUAUCCCACAAGUACAGGUCAUCUAGGGAUGCCGAAUAUUCCUGCUUCCGCUCAUGAUAAUAGCGCCGUAAAAGUAAUGAAAGAUGCGAUAGAAGACCUCAAACUGGCGAAGAAAAUGCGAAACAAGAAGAAAAAGAACACUGGAGCAUGAUUGUCUUUCGAUACUUGUUUUGUUGUACAAAAUUGUCAAAGAAGUUUGAAGACGUUUUAUACAUUUAAUUACUUAAAUAC